AUGACUAAUAAAUUGGGCUUGGCUGUCAAUUAUAUGCAACAAAGCUUUACACCCCCACCUGUUGAGCGCACGUCCCGGCCAGAAGGUUCGUGUUCGGUAUCUCGUUCUCGGCAGGUCAGCCCACCAGAUCCCAAGGAGGUUCAUCUUGACACGGCGCUCUAUCAGAAGAAGAUUGACUUUAGGUCCUUGAGCCCCCCACCAAACUUCGACAUGCAGACGAUGCAGCAGGAGAUCAGAAGACUUGCUCAUGGCCAAGCCGACCUCCUGCAGAAACUCCGAGACCAACAAGCGCAAGUCAGCGUCAUGGAGUCGUCUACCCCUACUAUGCGAGAGUAUUCGGCAUUUGUGGUCCGAAAACAAGAUAUUGACGCAAGUGCCCUUCUCCCUCUGGCGGUUGACUCACCCGUGACCCUGUCACAAUGUCUUUUGGCGCUUGAAGAGAUUACCCGGUUUAUUCAAGAUCAAGAUUUGGCUAGCCGUCCUCUCUCGGAGAAAAUUGCAAGUCUAGAGACCUCCGUUUGGUUUCAGGAAGAAAAAAUCACCAGAGCGACUCGCCGGAUGGACCGUAUUGAAGAGUCUGCCCACAUGCGUUGGAAGGAAACACAAGAAGAUUUGCAACUGGAAGCCGAGGUGAGGGAAGCUGUCAAGACACUGGAGAACAAGUGGGAGACUACGCCAGCUGUGUUACAAGAGAGUCUCACCUGGGGCUUUGAGAAACUUGCAAGCUGCAUCGAAACUGCCGAGCUAACACUCCACGACCUCACCAAAUCAGUCACUACUAUUUCGGAGCUCAACCUGCGGCUCGGUGCUCGCCAAUCAAGUCUGGAAUCACUCAUUAUCCAGUUCCUCGGCAACAAGGAGAAGAAGCACACUGGCAUCAAUACCAAUCACUCAGUCUCACCCAACCACAGUCAGAAAAGCCAGCAGGUACAAGUCUCCCUGACCCCAGGUGUCGUUCUGCCAAACCCAGUUUCAACCGAUCACGUGCAAGUCUCUCCAACCCCAGCCGUCUUUCUGCCCCCAGCAUCUGAGAGCCCAGCGGUCCUUCUGUUGGCGCCAAACCCAAUUCCUCCAACCUGGGCAAGUUCGCCUGGUCCUUACAUUGGGGGUAAUAGGAAGUCACCUCAGCUACAGAAACUCGAACCCACACUUCAAACCCCCGCACAGAGCAGCCGAGUGCGGUUGUUUGAGCCAGACCCGUUCCAACAUGGUGUCAACUGGAUGGGACCAGGUGAUGGACCUGACCCAGUAAACUGCAUGAUGACCGGCAAUGAAAAGCUGAGGUAA